AUGUCGGCUCCUGUCGGGCCGCGGGGCCGCCCGGCUCCCACCCCGGCGGCCUCUCAGCCGCCUCUGCAGCCCGAGAUGCCCGACCUCAGCCACCUCACGGAGGAGGAGAGGAAAAUCAUCCUGGCGGUCAUGGAUAGGCAGAAGAAAGAAGAGGAGAAGGAGCAGUCGGUGCUCAAGGUCAAAGAAGAGCACAAACCACAACUGACACAGUGGUUUCCCUUUAGUGGGAUCACUGAACUGGUAAAUAACGUUCUCCAGCCCCAGCAAAAACAACAAAAUGAAAAGGAGCCCCAGACAAAACUUCAUCAGCAGUUUGAAAUGUAUAAGGAGCAGGUAAAGAAGAUGGGAGAAGAAUCACAGCAACAGCAAGAACAGAAAGGUGAUGCUCCAACCUGUGGUAUCUGCCACAAAACAAAGUUUGCUGAUGGAUGUGGCCAUAACUGUUCAUAUUGCCAAACAAAGUUCUGUGCUCGUUGUGGAGGUCGAGUGUCAUUACGCUCAAACAAGGUUAUGUGGGUAUGUAAUUUGUGCCGAAAACAACAAGAAAUCCUCACUAAAUCAGGAGCAUGGUUUUAUAAUAGUGGAUCUAAUACACCACAGCAACCUGAUCAAAAGGUUCUCCGAGGACUGCGGAAUGAGGAGGCACCUCAGGAGAAGAAAGCAAAACUGCAUGAGCAGGCCCCGUUCCAAGGACCCUCAGGUGACUUAUCUGUACCUGCAGUGGAGAAAAGUCGAUCUCAUGGGCUCACAAGACAGGAUUCUAUUAAAAAUGGGUCAGGAUUGAAGCACCAAAUUGCCAGUGACGUAGCUUCAGACAGGAAACGAAGUCCAUCAGUGUCCAGAGAUCAGAAUAGAAGAUACGACCAAAGGGAAGAAAGAGAAGAAUAUUCACAGUAUGCUACUUCGGACAGCGCGAUGCCUAGAUCUCCAUCAGAUUAUGCUGAUAGGAGGUCUCAACGUGAACCUCAGUUUUAUGAAGAGUCUGAUCAUAUAAAUUAUAGGGACUCCAACAGGAGAAGUCAUAGACAUUCCAAAGAAUAUAUUGUAGAUGAUGAGGAUGCAGAGAGCAGAGAUGAAUAUGAAAGACAAAGGAGAGAGGAGGAAUACCAGGCACGCUAUCGAAGUGAUCCGAAUUUGGCCCGUUAUCCAGUAAAGCCACAGCCCUAUGAAGAACAAAUGCGUAUCCAUGCUGAAGUGUCACGAGCCAGGCAUGAGAGAAGGCACAGUGAUGUUUCUUUAGCAAAUGCUGAACUGGAAGACUCCAGGAUUUCUAUGCUAAGGAUGGAACGACCAUCAAGGCAAAGAUCUGUAUCUGAACGUAGAGCUGCCAUGGAAAAUCAGCGAUCUUAUUCAAUGGAAAGAACUCGAGAGGCUCAGGGACCAAGUUCUUAUCCACAAAGGACCACAAACCAUAGUCCUCCUACCCCCCGGAGGAGUCCAAUACCCAUUGAUAGACCAGACAUGAGACGUACUGACUCGCUAAGGAAACAACAGCACUUAGAUCCUAGCUCUGCUGUAAGGAAAACAAAACGUGAAAAAAUGGAAACAAUGUUAAGGAACGAUUCUCUCAGUUCUGACCAGUCAGAGUCAGUGAGACCUCCACCACCAAAGCCUCAUAAAUCAAAGAAAGGAGGUAAAAUGCGCCAGGUUUCAUUGAGCAGUUCAGAGGAGGAAUUAGCUUCUACACCGGAAUAUACAAGUUGCGAUGAUGUUGAGAUUGAAAGUGAAAGUGUAAGUGAAAAAGGGGACAGUCAAAAGGGAAAAAGAAAAACUAGUGAGCAGGCAGUUUUGUCGGACUCUAACACCAGGUCUGAGAGACAAAAGAAAAUGAUGUACUUUGGUGGCCACUCUUUGGAAGAGGAUUUGGAAUGGUCUGAGCCUCAGAUUAAGGACUCUGGGGUAGAUACGUGUAGUAGCACAACCCUUAACGAGGAGCAUAGCCAUAGUGAUAAGCACCCUGUGACAUGGCAGCCAUCUAAAGACGGAGAUCGUUUAAUUGGUCGCAUUUUAUUAAAUAAGCGUUUAAAAGAUGGAAGUGUACCUCGAGAUUCAGGAACAAUGCUUGGCUUGAAGGUUGUAGGAGGAAAGAUGACUGAAUCAGGUCGGCUCUGUGCAUUUAUUACCAAAGUUAAAAAAGGAAGUUUAGCUGAUACUGUAGGACAUCUUAGACCAGGUGAUGAAGUAUUAGAAUGGAAUGGAAGACUAUUGCAAGGAGCCACAUUUGAAGAAGUAUAUAACAUCAUCCUGGAAUCCAAACCUGAGCCACAAGUGGAGCUUGUUGUUUCAAGGCCUAUUGGAGAUAUACCUAGAAUACCUGAUAGCACACACGCACAACUGGAGUCCAGUUCUAGCUCAUUUGAAUCUCAAAAAAUGGAUCGUCCUUCUAUUUCCGUUACGUCUCCCAUGAGUCCUGGCAUGUUGAGGGAUGUUCCACAGUUCUUAUCUGGACAACUUUCAAGCCAAAGCCUUAGUAGAAGAACAACGCCUUUUGUUCCUAGGGUUCAGAUAAAACUAUGGUUUGACAAGGUUGGUCACCAAUUAAUAGUUACAAUUUUGGGAGCAAAGGAUCUCCUUUCCAGGGAAGAUGGGAGGCCAAGGAAUCCUUAUGUUAAAAUUUACUUUCUUCCAGACAGAAGUGAUAAAAACAAAAGAAGAACUAAAACAGUAAAGAAAACAUUGGAACCCAAAUGGAACCAAACAUUCAUUUAUUCUCCAGUCCACCGAAGAGAAUUUCGGGAACGAAUGCUGGAGAUUACCCUUUGGGAUCAAGCUCGAGUUCGAGAGGAAGAAAGUGAAUUCUUAGGAGAGAUUUUAAUUGAAUUAGAAACAGCCUUAUUAGAUGAUGAACCACAUUGGUACAAACUUCAGACCCACGAUGUUUCUUCAUUGCCACUUCCCCACCCUUCUCCAUAUAUGCCACGACGACAACUACAUGGAGAGAGCCCAACACGGAGGUUGCAAAGGUCUAAGAGAAUAAGUGAUAGUGAAGUCUCUGACUAUGACUGCGAUGAUGGAAUUGGUGUAGUAUCAGAUUAUCGACACAAUGGUCGAGAUCUUCAAAGCUCAACAUUGUCAGUGCCAGAACAAGUAAUGUCAUCAAACUAUUGUUCACCAUCAGGGUCUCCUCACCGAGUGGAUGUUAUAGGAAGGACUAGAUCUUGGUCACCCAGUGUCCCUCCUCCACAGAGUCGGAAUGUGGAACAGGGACUUCGAGGGACACGCUCUACUACAGGACAUUAUAAUACAAUUAGCCGAAUGGAUAGACAUCGUGUCAUGGAUGACCAUUAUUCUCCAGAUAGAGACAGUCAUUUUCUUACUCUACCUCGCUCCAGAUACAGUCAGACCAUUGAACAUCAUCACAGGGAUGGCAGGGAUUGUGAAGCAGCAGAUAGACAGCCAUAUCACAGAUCCAGAUCAACAGAACAACGGCCUCUCCUAGAGCGGACAGCCACCCGCUCCCGAUCCACUGAACGUCCUGAUACAAACCUCAUGAGGUCGAUGCCUUCAUUAAUGACUGGAAGAUCUGCCCCUCCUUCACCUGCCUUAUCGAGGUCUCACCCUCGUACUGGGUCUGUCCAAACAAGCCCAUCAAGUACUCCAGUGGCAGGACGAAGGGGCCGUCAACUCCCACAACUUCCACCAAAGGGAACAUUGGAGAGAAAAGAAGUGGACUCCACAAGGAGAAGACAUGCAGGUGCUAUGGAUAUAGAGGAGAGAAAUCGCCAAAUGAAAAUUAACAAAUACAAACAGGUAGCCGGAUCAGAUCCCAGACUGGAACAAGAUUACCAAUCAAAGUAUCGAUCAGGAUGGGAUCCUCAUAGAGGGGCAGAUAAUAUUUCCACUAAAUCUUCGGACAGUGAUGUAAGUGAUAUAUCUGCGGUUUCAAGGACUAGUAGUGCUUCUCGUUUCAGCAGCACAAGCUACAUGUCUGUCCAAUCAGAACGGCCAAGAGGAAAUAAGAAAAUCAGUGUCUUUACAUCCAAAAUGCAAAGCAGACAAAUGGGCAUCUCAGGGAAGAACAUGACUAAAAGCACCAGCAUCAGCGGAGACAUGUGCUCGCUGGAGAAGAAUGAUGGCAGCCAGUCUGACACUGCAGUGGGCGCCUUGGGCACCAGCAGCAAAAAGCGGCGCUCUAGCAUUGGGGCCAAAAUGGUAGCUAUUGUUGGUCUCUCCCGGAAAAGCCGCAGUGCUUCUCAGCUCAGCCAAACGGAAGCCAGUGGUAAAAAGCUACGGAGCACCGUGCAGAGAAGUACAGAAACAGGCUUGGCUGUGGAAAUGAGGAACUGGAUGACUCGACAGGCAAGCCGAGAAUCUACGGAUGGCAGCAUGAACAGCUAUAGCUCAGAAGGAAAUCUGAUUUUCCCUGGUGUCCGCUUGGCCUCUGAUAGCCAAUUCAGUGAUUUUCUGGAUGGCCUUGGCCCUGCCCAGCUAGUGGGGCGCCAGACUCUGGCCACACCUGCCAUGGGUGACAUUCAGGUAGGCAUGAUGGACAAAAAGGGACAGCUGGAGGUGGAAAUCAUUCGGGCCCGUGGCCUUGUUGUAAAACCAGGUUCCAAGACACUGCCAGCACCAUAUGUAAAGGUGUAUCUAUUAGAUAAUGGAGUCUGCAUAGCCAAAAGGAAAACAAAAGUGGCAAGAAAGACGCUGGAACCCCUCUACCAGCAACUAUUAUCUUUUGAAGAAAGUCCCCAAGGAAAGGUUUUACAGAUCAUAGUCUGGGGAGACUAUGGCCGCAUGGAUCACAAAUCCUUUAUGGGAGUGGCCCAGAUACUUUUAGAUGAACUGGAGCUGUCCAAUAUGGUGAUUGGCUGGUUCAAACUUUUCCCCACUUCCUCCCUAGUAGAUCCAACCUUGGCCCCUCUGACAAGAAGAGCUUCCCAAUCAUCUCUGGAAAGUUCAACUGGACCUUCUUACUCUCGUUCAUAGCAGCUGUAAAACUGUUGUCAUAGCAACCAGCGUUACAAAAAAAGAAAAAAACCCCACAGGUCGCAAACCCUGGUAACACUGCAUGCUUAAUGUUGUGUCUUCUGAGCCUGUUUCUAGGGAUACAAAGCGAUCCUGUGUUCUCAGAGGAAGUUGCACACAUUGUGCCCUAAAGAAGGCCCUCAGGUGAAAGAGCGGAGCUAUGACGAACUAUCAGGUUUGGAGUUCAAUAACACUCACGUUUUGGUCCAAUCUGAAGCCAUGGAUUAAUCUCAAAGAGUCAGUUUCAUGCAACAAAAGCCCUUUUCAAUGGCACCUUUAUAUUUUUAUCAUUCCUUUUUCUUCAUUUCUCUGACCCCAAAGUCCUGUGAUGCCACAGAAAUGGAGCUAUCCAGCCAUUAAGCCAUGUUACAAGUCAAGGCAUGAAGUCCUAGGAAGCAUCAGGUGAAAAGCAAGAGACCAAAGACUUGGUCCAGGACGAAAACGUCAGCGCUCCUCUGGACGGGAGCAGCCAGUCGUGUGACAGCGUGAACAGUGGCAGACUUCAGAGCUCCAGCAGGCAUGGUACCCACUAAUGCCAAGAUGAGUUGGACUCUGAAAAACAAAAUUCUGUGGCUCCACUGUACUGAAUGAAAUUAAACUUUUGUUUGCAUGGACACAGAUUAGCUGAAUACUUAAAUUAUUUUCUUGGGGCUGCAACUUGCAAAAAAUAAAAAU